GCGGGACCUCGGGCGACGAUCAAGUUAGGUUGAGGAACAGCAGUAAAGGUUGAUUUUUUUUUGCUGGGCUGUGUUUUUCCUCGCUCCCCCCCUCACCCCCUACUCAACCCCUCACUCUCUCAUCGCAGAUCCAUCAAGAGCUGCGGGUAUUCAGAACAAUGGGGAAAAAGAGUAGAGUCAAAACUCAAAAAUCAGGAGGAGGUGGAGCCACAGCCACUGUUUCUACAAAGGAAAUAAUGAAUCUGAUAACUGAGCUGUUACAGAAGUGUAGUAAUCCUUCCACUGCACCAGGAAAGGAGUGGGAAGAAUAUGUACAGAUCCGAGGCUUGAUUGAGAAAAUCCGUAAAAAGCAAAAAGGGUUAUCGGUCAUCUUUGAUGGGAACAGAGAACAACACUUUGAUGAACUAUUGCAGUGGGCAGCUGACUGUGGAGCCUCAACAGAAGGUUUUGAAAUCACUUACUUCCCAGAAGAGGGUUUUGGAUUGAAGGCAACUAAAGACAUUAAGGCAGAAGAACUUUUUCUGUGGAUCCCUCGAAAAAUGCUGAUGACUGUUGAAUCUGCUAAAAACUCUAUACUGGGUCCCGUGUAUUCCCAGGACCGGAUUCUACAAGCCAUGGGAAAUAUCACUCUUGCCUUUCACCUGCUUUGUGAACGACUGAAUCCCGAUUCCUUCUGGUUGCCCUACAUUAAGACUUUGCCCGUGGAGUACCAUACUCCUUUGUAUUUUGAAGAGCAAGAAGUACGUUACCUUCAGUCAACGCAAGCCAUCCACGAUGUCUUUAGUCAGUAUAAAAACACUGCUCGCCAAUAUGCCUACUUCUAUAAACUCAUCCAGACCCAUCCGAACGCAAGCAAGCUGCCCUUGAAGGAAUCCUUCACCUUUGACGACUACAGGUGGGCGGUAUCGUCAGUCAUGACCCGUCAGAACCAAAUUCCAACUGAGGAUGGAUCCCGGGUCACUUUGGCCCUGAUACCUUUGUGGGAUAUGUGUAAUCACACCAAUGGCUUGAUCACAACUGGCUACAACCUGGAGGAUGACAGAUGCGAAUGUGUAGCUCUGCAGGAUUACAAAGCUGGAGAUCAGAUCUACAUUUUCUAUGGGACUCGAUCCAAUGCUGAGUUUGUGAUACACAAUGGAUUUUUCUUCAACAAUAACUCUCAUGAUAGAGUGAAGAUAAAACUGGGAGUGAGUAAAAGUGAUCGACUCUAUGCAAUGAAAGCAGAGGUUUUGGCACGUGCUGGGAUCCCAACGUCCAGUGUAUUUGCUCUGCACUGCAGCGAGCCUCCAAUCUCAGCCCAACUGCUGGCUUUCCUCCGGGUGUUCAGCAUGACUGAAGAUGAAUUGAAAGGACAUCUUGUUCGAGAACAUGUCAUCGAUAAGAUCUUUACCUUGGGGAACUCUGAUUUCCCUGUGAGCUGGGAUAAUGAAAUUAAACUGUGGACCUUUCUUGAAACCAGGGCUGCACUCCUGUUAAAGACAUAUAAAACUACUACCGAGGACGAUAAGUCAUUGCUGGAAAAGCCAGAGCUGUCGUACCACAGUAAGAUGGCUAUCCAGCUCCGUACGGCCGAGAAGGAGAUCUUGGAGAAAGCGGUGCAGAGCGCGGCCAUGAAACGAGAGCACUUUACGGAACUCCAGGACGAGAACGCCCCACUUCCCAAAUACGAGGAGAGUAACAUAGCCAUGCUGGAGAACACUAUAACAGACUCAAAAAUCCCACUGGUCCUGAGAAAUUUAAACAGUGACGAGGAAGGAGAUCACGAGUUGAAGCUCACAGAGGUUUUGGAUGACGGGAUUGUGGGCGGUCUGGGGAUAAUGAACGGCGAGAGCACUUUUCCCAACCACACCGAUCCCAAAAGCCAAGAGAACGGCAAACAAGAAGACGACACCAAAGAGAAUGGAGAUGCCAAAGAGACUACUGCAGACAGGAUUGAAUGUAGUGAAAGUUGAAAUUGAAAGACAAUCACAAUACAAGAGUCCAGUCAUUGCUAGUGUGAGGUGCAGAUGGGAACUCUGAACAUUACACUUGCUGACAGUGCAGCAUAUUUGAUCAUGUCUUUUUAAGGUGAGACGAGUUGGAGCCAAAAUGGUCUUGUCACAAGAAUGUACUUCCUGGUAAAAUAAUAGUUCAUUUAAAAGGGUGUAGGAAGGAACUGCAGAUGCUGGUUUAAACUGGAGAUAGACACAAUGCUGGAGUAACUCAGUGGGACAGGCAGCAUCUCUGUAGGGAAGGAAUAGAUGACGUUUCGGGUCGAGACCCUUCUUCAGACUGUCAGACAGAUCAGUCUGAAGAAGGGUCUCGACCCGAAAUGUCACCCAUUCCUCCUCUCCAGAGCCUGUCCCGCUGAGUUACUCUUGCAGUUUGUGUCUUUCUUGGUUCAUUUAAAAGAGGUGGUCCUAAAAUAGCUUCCAACCGAUGUUCGUUCGCCUCAUCUCAACCUUGCGUGCAGAAUGGAGGGAGAGUUUGUAUCGGUUCAAGUACGAUUUCAGCAUCAAAAGUCAACGAUUUCAGAUUUGUUUUUAACGAGGCAUUUUUAGAGCAAAAAAAAGCUCUGACAAUUGAAAAGCAAUAGAGAAAAUCUCUUGGCGAAGUAAGGCCUUUAAAUUUAAUGCCACAUGCAUGCUGUUUGGAGAACAUGGUGAUUUAAUGCAGAAACAAAGAACUGCUAAUGCUGGUUAAUACACAAAAGGCCAUAAAGUGCUGGAGCAAUUCAGCUGAGCAGGCAGCACCACUGGAGAACAUAGAUAGGUGAAGUUGCAGGUCAGAACCCUUCUUCAGACUGGACGUUUCUGGUCAAGAUUCUUCUAGACUGCUGAAGGGUCACGACCCAAAACGUCACCUGAAGAUACAGUCUCACUUUCUGAGUUACUCCAGCACUUUGUGCCCUUUUGGUGAUUUAAUGUAAUGCUUUUGAACAAAAUAUUCAUUUUCUGUUUCUACAUUUAUAAGAAUUCAGUUGGAGUACAAACAAUUAUAUGCACUCCAACCCAUCCACUGUGAUCACAGCCCUUUGUCUAAUGUUAUAAUCAGAUGGUUGCUAUUUCUAGUUUUUUUCUCCCAUUGGUGAAAAGUAUUUCAACGGUGAAUGAUUAACCAACUUGUGUACCAGGGAGUGAAUGUCAUGGUUCCAUAUGCCUUCUUGGAGCAUCGUGUCUGCUUGAGGCAUAUUGUAAUCAUUAAACAUCACCACAAGAUGAAGGCUGACAUAGAAUUCUGCAUUAUGACUUGCAGGGAAGUUCAUCAUUCUGACUGGGCAAACUGAAGCCAUUUAUAACCACAGCUUAGAAACUUGGGAAUCCUUCAAAACUCUAGAGCCUUUGAUAAUGUUGAUGGGUUCAUGCAUUUGGCAUCAAUGCCAUCUGCAAACACUUAAAGAAAAUCUAGGCUAAUAUUUACUGUUCUGGUCUCUGACAGUUUAAACUGGUGUGGCCCUUAGUUCCCAUGAGUAAGUUGGUGCCAUGUGUUUGAACCCCCCAACUAGAGAUAUAUCGUGUCCACACAAGACUGGGAGCAGCUGGUCACCAGGUGCUACCGCAUUCCACGCGAGAUGGGAUUUUGUGCGGGCUGAGGUUUAAUGGCCUUCAAAAAUUGGAGACCCAGUACAGCCAUAGGACACUUGCCCACAUCUUUCAGUCGCACUUUUACCCCUAAGUGUUUGGUCAUGUAACCCCCAUAUUUUAACCAAAGCUGUAUAUUUUGUUUUUAGUCUAUAUUGGUUACUCUACCCAUUUUUACUGUUUCAUCCGCCAUGCUUAUAUGGGUUAAUGAACUCCGGUGACUACUGUAGAGGGGGGAAAAUAAAUCCUCUCUCCUGAUAUGUUACAAAGAGAGCAAAGUUUGCAUUGAAUGUAGUUAUAACACUGAUUCUUAAAGUAAAUGUUUAGAAUUUCACCCUUGCAGAUUUGAUAAUUUGCCAUUUUAUUUCUGCUCUCAACUUCACCACUCCUUUGCCUCCAAUAGUGUUUAGAUUAGAGUCCGUGCAAACCAGCGAUCCCCGCAUACUAACACUAUCUUCCACACACACACACCCACACACACACUCGGGACAAUUUUACAUUUAUACCAAGGCAAUUAAUUUACGCGCCUCUGCGACUUUGGAGUGUGGGAGGAAACUGAAGAUCUCGGAGAAAACCCGCAUGGUCAUGGGGAGCACGUGCAAACUCCAGACAGACACAGCACUCGUAGUCGGGGUCGAACGCGGGUCUCUGACGCUGAAAGCACUGUGAGGAGGCAAUCCGCACCACCGUGCCGCCACUUAACAAGGAAAUCUGUUCAUUUAAAUUGCCAUCAACUGGUGCUUAGCAAAGUCUGAUACCCACUUUGUGUUAUAGUGUUGUUUGCAAUUGAAAUUCAGAUUCUGGUAAUGUAAUGGACAAAUUGCCUUUGGGCGUAUUAAACAAUGAAGUACCGAGACGCUGCUUUAAGCACCAACCAUUGCCAUCAAAGUAAUGUCCAUUGCUAACUUUGCAAGCUGCGUAGUUGAAAUUGGGAACUGGGUGGAGCAGCUGGUUGAGCUGCUGCCUCUCAGCACCAGAGACCCGGGUUCAAUCCUGACCUCGGAUGCUGUCUGUGUGUGGCAUUUACAUGUUCUCCCCAUGACCACGUGGAUUUUCUCUGGGAGCUCCAGCUUCCUCAUACAUCCUAAAAACUAACAGAUUUGAAGGUUAAUUGGCCUCUUUAAUUUGUCCGCAGUGUGUCGGGAGUGGAUGAGAAUGUGGGCUAAUAUAAAAAGGCUGAUCGAUUGUCUGCGUGGACUCGGUGGGCUGAAGGGCCUGUUUCCAUGCUGGUGUCUUUCAAUUCAAUUCAAAAGAUUAUCUCAUACUAAAUCCCCAACUACCGAACAUUUGUUUAAUUCAGAUUCUUGUCUGGUUUAGUUUCCUUUAUAGUUCAGAAAUGGUCUGAAUGGAACGAAUGUGGUAAUAUGGAAAAUAGGAUAAUUGCCCCUUUGAGAAUAAAACAAAAAUUUAUAGCUCCAACCAACUAGUUGGUUACCAUUACCUCAGAAAAAUUGAUGCUUUGCAAAAUUUAGCUUUGGAUCUUUAUGAGAUGCUGGAGUUGAUUUUAUCAUUGUGAGCAAAACGAUACUGUAUCCUGAGACUAGGGCAAACCCAUGUUUUGGAGGAUGGCAAAAAUGUUGAAAUGUAAAGAUCUAGUUGCUGGUUUCUCAUUCCACUAUUUACAUAUUCUGCACCAUUUAUUCUAUUUGAAGAAGAGUUUUGUUGUUUUAGCAAAUUCUACAAAGCACUCGUUAUUAAUUUACUUGCUAGUAUUGCUCACCGAAUCCUUUAAGGACAGUGAAUUUUUAUUUUAGCAAUUUUUUUUUAAUUUUUUUUUAACGUGACCAAUUUGGGGGAAGAGAGUGGCCUGAGCAACACUUCUGUCUGGGAGUGUCUUCGCUAAUAGCACUGUGUCCAUGUCAUCUUCCAAUACCCUGCACCAGUGUCAAACAAGCUACGGGCUUAACACUGUCCUUUCAUUAAAAUAUCAACUACUUGUCUGAUUUAGGUUUUGUGUUAGAUGCUUCUACUCACAAAACACUAAAAUAAAUCACUUAUUGGUAAACGUUUAGCAGUAUUCUCAGUUAAAUGGCUUUAUUUUUCCCUCGGAAGUUGUGGCUGUAUUUGCUUUUGAAUGUGACUACUUAGUAGGAUGAUUUUUUUUUUAACAAAAAGCUCACCUUCCAAAGAUGAUAAUUAGGGUGCACUUUGGGGUUUUUUUUGAGAAAAUAUAUCUUCCACUUGCUACUGAAUUUGUUUGCAAUUUUGUGACUCCAUUUUCUGACUCCUCUCCUCUGCAGAAGUCUUUUUGUUCAGAUUUGUAAACCACAGCCCAAGGGGAAAUCUUUGAGGCAGAAAUAAAUGCAGAUUGUUGCAAACA